GUGUACACAUGCAUACUUUCUAUUAUUUUACUGGGAAGCUCACCGUCGAUUAUUCAAUUUCGAUUUUUCUCGCGCAAUUUAACGAUGUCCCAAGCCACAGCUCUAACCAGUUGCAACAUGGUUAGCUUCGCCGCACAACGACCACAGCGCACUAAAGCUAAGAAGAUGAAGCAAGUGAAGACAAAAGAAAAGCAAAGCAGCAGAAAUGUGGGGUUUGGCAUCGACAAAAAGGAACCAGUGUGGCGGUGUGUGGAAGGCUGCGGUGCAUGCUGUAAGCUCGACAACGGUCCCGCCUUCCCCACUCCUGAAGAAAUUUUCGAUAACCCAGAUGAUGUUGAGCUUUACAGAAGCUUGAUUGGUCCCGAUGGAUGGUGUAUAAAUUAUGAGAAAAACACACGCAAAUGCUCUAUUUAUCCUGAGUGGAAGCAGGGGUGUUCGAGACAUUAUAUGGAAUCAAGAAGAAGGCGUUCAAUAAGGCGGCAUGCAGGUGACUCUUCCUUAGCCAAACAUAGCUGCAGAGACACUAUCAAGGAAGUUUAUGGUACACAAUCGCUCAAUUCGCAGCUCCGAUGAACUAGUUUGAUCUGGUAAUCUUAAAACUGGUUCCUCUUUCAGUGUAAGUAAGAAUAUGAUAGUGUUCCAAAAUUGAGAUUCUGCAAUAAUGUCAAGUCUUUAUUCAUUGGCAACUCAAAUUAAUUUUUGCAAUGCUUAGUUGAGUUCUAUAGGGUUGUUGGUCAUAGCUUUAAAAGACUGUUAGAACUGUGAUUUAUAAUGUUUUAGCGGGAUUUAACUCAAAUUAGAUUUCUUUUACACAGUCUUGGAUCUUUAUUUCUCUCUAUUGGAAAAUUCAAUCUUUCAUUCUCCUACAACUGAAAUCCUUAUGCUCAAAAGGCAUAGCCAAAAGUCCCUCUUCCAGUGGCCACCCUCCUAACCUACUUUGCACCUCCAAACUAGGCUCUAAUUAUCUUUCCCCUUGAUGCAGACUUUGUUUGCAGCCACGCGUUAAAUGUUGGAGUUGUCUAUUACUGGUUACUCCUCGAAGUCCUUGACUGCAACACCACUCUCAUUGUUGAGACUGCGACGAAAGGGUUUCUUUCAGUGAUGUUUGUGUUACUGCACCAGAUCUUUGUGUUGAUGGGUCCUGUUCUGUUCAUGGUGUUAUAGACCAUCGGUGCCGCCCUCGUUGACAUCAUCAUCUGUGGUUGAUCAACACUUUGCAAAAGCAAGAAUGGAUACUAGGUCAUCUCUAGUGUCGUCAAGACAUCAAGAGGAGCAUUUAAAGAAUAUGCUCAAUUCAUUUGCCAAGCAAAUGGUCCAACUCGUCUUGACCACGAUGGGGAACCUGGUAGCCCUCGAGACUCUCUAUUCUCGGAGUCCUGUGUUAUUGGACACUUUGGUAUUGGCAUUCUCAUAGUUUCCAUCAAUAGAAAAAGAAAAAUAAACGAUCA